AUGUGGUUUGAAAACAUUACCAAAGACCUUGGAGACUUCACCAACAGUCUGGUGGAGGACACAAAGAGUCUUGCCAACAUGGUCACUCGACUGGCCGCAGAAGUCGCUGGUGGAGAGAAUGGCGGCAAUAUUUACUUUGCCGGUGAUGAGGACUCCCUCCUCGCACAGGAGUGUCCACUCGAUGAGGCCGCUAUUCAUAAACUCCAGCGGGAUGAUGCGGUGUAUCUCGCCGAGCUGCGGGAUGAAGAGGAGAAGAAAUUAUUUGAAGAGUGGGCACGCCGCAGUGUGUACAGCUCCGCCAACAUACAUCAACAGGAUUCCACAGAGAAGUCUGCGAGUAGUAGUGAUGAGACGGCGAUUGUAUAUCGACAGCGAUUGCUGGAUGAGAACCCGGUGGUGUGUGAGAAGUUUAUGGCCUUUGUCCAGCAGGGCGGCCCAUCACUGCGGAAACAGAGAAGUGAAACCGGAGAACAGGAAGAAGCAAGUAAAGUAUCAGGUGAAGCCAGCAGCAGCAGUAAUAAUAAUAAUAAUGAUAAUGAUAAUAAUAACAACAGCACUAACAGCAGCAGCAGUGUGAAGAGUCCAAUGAAAGGCACGGAACCACUUCCAGAAUCGAAACGCAUUACAGAAGAUGUGUUCUUUGAUCGUUACUUUUUCCGUCUUUCUCAACUGCGUCUUCACACAAACCGUGAACGUCGAAAGCGGGAAGAAGAACAAGCCGCCGCCGCAGAAGCACUAUCUGCAGCGAAUCCCACUACUGCAGCAAGUCACUCAUCUAAGGAUGAACCUGCAAAGAAAAAGAAGAGUUUCGCCGAGCGACUCAUAGAGGCAACAGACGAAUUGGUGGGUUGGGAUGAUGAGGAUGAUAAUAAUGAUAAUAAUAAUAAUGAUAAUAAUGGAAUGGACGCUGCAGGCAAUCGUAACAGUGGUGGGGCUGGUGGUUUGAGAGGAGAUGCGAAGGGAAAUAACAGCGGGCGAACAGAGACGGAGUGGCGAGAACAGGAAAAGAAAAUUACUUUACUGGAGUCUCUUGUGAGUGAAUUGCAGGAGGAACUCAGCACCGCACGGCGGCGAGUAACGGCUGUAUUGACAGCCGCGCGUGAAUGUGGAAUUGCGGAGGAAUAUAUACAGCGAUUGGAGGCGGCAGCGGCCCAAACUUCUUCACAGUUGUUAUCCUCAUCCUCCUCGCCUGAUAAGGGAGAAGGAAAGAAGAAGUCUACGAAGGCUGUGGACUCACAACUACCGUCAGAGACGGCCAAGGGAGGAUCUCCACAAAAAGAAGAAGGAGAGGCUGCGAAGAGUACAGACAAGGCAGAUAAUAAUAAUAAUAACAGUAAUAAUGAUAAUAAUAAGAAUAAUCAAAAGAGUGAAGUGGACGGGGCAGAUAAAGAGGUAUUGCCAGAAGAAGAACCUCAGCGAGUGGAGUCGAUGAGUGAUCAUCCAUCUCACAAGAGUGAGUCAUCAUCUAUGGACAAUGACGGAUGGACAAAUGUGUAG